AUGAUCUCACGAAGAGGACGUCCCCCUGGAACAGGACGGGGACGAGGGAGAGGACGUGGCUCUUUUUACAGUUCUCGUCAGUCUGGCGACCUGCUGGCGGUGCAGCAAGCUAUUUCCAAGCCUUCCUUGCAGGGACUAGGGACUGCGGCAGCCAAAUUACCACCCCCGCCAAAAGGUGCAGAAACCACCGUUGCUGCAGCUACCACUGCUGCUGCUGCUGCUCGUGCUGCAGUGCCAGGCACCGCUCGAGCCGCCACCACAGCAGCAGCCCAGUUACUUCCCACAAUGAAAGAGCGAACAGGUCAGCCGUCUCAGUCAGGGGCGACAAAGCCUUCUCUGAGUGCCUUAGCUCAGAGGUCGCACGCUCAUGGCAUAUCCAUCACAUCUGUCUCGGCUUCAAAACAGUCCACGUCGCCAGGGAAAUUACUGAAGCCUAAUAUGUCAGUCACAGUUAGUCCGGCCAAGAGUGCUUGUCCGCCAGCGUUACAGGGUCGGGGUGAUAUAUCUGUAGUGUCUGUCUCUCGUCCCCAAAGUAACAACAGGACAACCACAACCACCACGUCCCCGAGGGUUUCAGCCAGUGGGACAGUUACGGUCACACAGUCAUCAACGGAUAGCAGAUCGAUUACCACCACAAUUAAUACAAAGUCGAUCACCACCACAACGGUAGGGUCUGUACCGAAACUUCCCGCUGGAACCACGCUCACGAGACCUGGUGACUCUACGCCCCCCAAAGGGUCGGCGCCACGUCCUCAGUUGCAAGCACAAGCACGUCCUGUCAAGAACGUGUCAGAUGUUCUUGAUAGUUUGCCAGGAUCAAUGAGGAAGAUGGCCGCGGAAAUUCUUAGCAGCAGUGGAACCUCGGUGACCCGGGCAACAGUGCCAACGGGGACGCAGAUUCGCACCUCCCCCGACAAGGCGAGCAGGCCGAGUGUGACCAAGGAAACGACGAUCACUCCGGCUCCCCGAGUGAAGAGUCAGGGCCGGGGUCCGGGUCCGCAAGCGAAAAACCCGUCGUCAUUCCUAGGGGCAUACCAAGCAUCCCUUGGCAUCGCAGGAAGCAAAAUGAGUGGAGCAGCCAGAGCGCCCGCGAGCACUGCGACGCCGAGCUCUGUUACGCUGGAGUCUGCCAGACGCGCCCAGCCUUCGCAGGCGGCCGGCAAAGCCCGUAUUACGCAGCUGAAUUCGUCGCAGUUAAUGCACCUGGCGUACGGAGGAGCAGGGCGGGGCGCUGCAUCAGAUAACAUCUCUGACCUGAUAAGGGAAAUAGCAAAGAACCAGCAGCCAGUGGGAGGCCAUGGACGGGCUCAGGCAGUCACCGUUCAGAGAGCACAGGGCGUCGCUCUCCAGCGUCCUCAAACCUUACCAACCCAGAGACCUCCGCAGCCGAGACCCCUUCCACAGGCUAGACCUGCUCCUCCGCAGGCCAGACCACCUCCUCCUCAGGCUAGACCAGCUCUUCCACAGGCCAGACCAGCUGCUCCUCAGGCGAGACCAGUUCCUCCUCAGGCGAGACCAGUUCCUCCUCAGGCGAGACCAGUUCCUCCCCAGGCGAGACCAGCCCCUCAAGUUCGAGCGCCCCCGCCCAAGCAACUCCAGAAGCCUAGCCCUCCGAAGCCCACGCAGUUUAAACCCGGCCAGGGAGGGGCGGCGGCCGGAUCAGACGAUAUAAUAACGCUAGAUUAACUCUUCAAAAAUCGCUUUAAGCAGAUUUUUUUUUUUUUUUAGGUAGAUGAAUAGCUUCUUCUAGAUGCAGAAGAUAGCGAUCUGUAUAUACGAAUAGUUUCCGAUUUUGGCCGUGAAUUGGAUAUACCUUUUCGCCUUGAAUUGUCUUAAAAACUGCCGUGAGAAGUGUUUUGUGUAAUACAUGCUUGAUAAUGAUGACCUGUAUGUAAGUCCUACACCCAGUGAAUAAUAAAUGUAAGAACUAUAAGCCAAA